CACUUCAUUCAAAACCAUUUCAGUAAGAGUACGGGCGGCAACAUCCUCAAGAUCACCAUGCACAUUAAAGCAAACUCCAGGAUCUAAAAUCUGUGGGUCUCACUGGGGUCUCCAGAACAAGCCCAGCUGCCUGCUCAGGAAAAAGGAACCAUUAGCGUGAAUGAAAUUAGUCCAAGGAGCUUCCAAGUUCAUAAGGACAAAGGAAGGUAAAGCUGAGACCAAGCAAGGACAUUUUUAGCACUGCGAGCAAAUAUACAUAUAAGAGUCUGGAGGGGGUCUGAUACUCAGUCAUCAAUGGCUAGAAUCCCAGCCUCUGUAGCACUAGCCAUAUGCCUGACUUGCUUUUUCUCAGGUGUCUGUGGUCAGACACCAAGAAACUUCAAGGACAGUACCAUACCAUUUGAGGUUCUUGGCCAGGAGCAGGCCUACAGUCUUGUUCAGUCAAGAUUAUUACAGGAUGCUACAGUCCCCUCCAACCAGUCAGAUGACUUUCCUGAGAAUGCCCAGCCACAGCCAGCACUGCCUCCUAUGUGUGUAAAGCCUGCUGAAAUCAGACACAUCUUCAAGUACAUCAAUACCAUUGUGUCCUGUACCAUCUUUAUGGUGGGCAUCAUUGGGAACUCUACACUGCUGAGGAUCAUUUACAAGAACAAAUGCAUGAGAAAUGGACCUAAUGUCCUCAUUGCUAGCUUGGCCUUGGGGGACCUUCUCUACAUCCUUAUAGCUCUUCCAAUCAAUGUAUACAAGCUCCUGGCAGAAGACUGGCCAUUUGGAGUGCAAGUGUGCAAGCUGGUCCCAUUCAUUCAGAAGGCCUCUGUGGGCAUCACUGUCCUCAGUCUCUGUGCACUCAGCAUAGACAGGUACAGAGCGGUGGCCUCUUGGAGCCGAAUCCGAGGGAUAGGAAUCCCCAUGUGGAAGGCAGUUGAGGUGAUGCUGAUCUGGGUUGUGGCUAUUGUCCUGGCUGUCCCUGAAGCCAUUGCCUUUGACAUGGUGGAGCUGAACUACCGUGAGCAGAUUCUCUGGGUCUGCAUGCUGUCCUCUGAACAGAAGUCCAGCUUCAUGAUGUUCUACCGAGAUGUGAAGGACUGGUGGCUUUUUGGCUUCUAUUUCUGCCUGCCUCUGGCAUGCACUGGUGUCUUCUACACUCUCAUGUCCUGUGAGAUGCUGAGCAAGAGAAAUGGCAUGAGAAUUGCCCUCAAUGACCACAUGAAACGGCGCCGGGAGGUCGCUAAGACGGUGUUCUGCCUAGUGGUGAUCUUCGCCCUCUGCUGGCUGCCUCUCCACCUCAGCAGGAUCCUAAAGAAGACUAUCUAUGAUCAGACAGACCCCAACCGAUGUGAGCUGCUGAGUUUCCUCCUGGUCAUGGAUUACUUUGGCAUCAACAUGGCCUCUCUGAACUCCUGCAUCAAUCCUGUGGCUCUCUACUUUGUCAGCAGGAAAUUCAAGAACUGCUUUCAGUCCUGUCUGUGCUGCUGGUGCCAGAGACCGACCCUAAGCAUCACACCAACGGAUGAUAAAGGGUCUGUUGGGAAGUGGAAAGCCAAUGGGCAGGAACUUGGUCUGGACCGGAGCAGCUCCCACUUGAGUAACAAGUACAGCUCUUCCUAGAGAUACAUAAAUCAAUGGGGAGAGAGGGAGAGGAUGAGAGACAGCACCGCAAGAGAUGAAAGGAGACGUCUAUCUCACUCGCAGUCAUUUCCUGGAUGGGUCUGAAUCAUUCACCUUCAUUUUACAGCUGCUGGAAACAGCAGGAGCUUCACUCCCCACCUUAACCCAACUCAGAGCUCAGCCAUAGCCUGGGCCAUAACUGCAACCCUAAACCUGCCUGUACUUUCAUUCAUUUAUGAUCUUUUCUGCACUCCUCUAAGGAUAAUUUGGUUUUUAAAUCCACAAAGAGAAAGAUGAGUGACCCUGGGACCACUGCUCUCCAGCUAUGGGGCAAGGGGUGCUGGGAUUGAUCUCACACUGAAACUGACAAGGGACAUCAGCAGGGGAAGGUGAAUUAUCAUUUCCAGAUUUGAUCCAUUUAAGAACCCAAAGCAAAACUGAUGCAGCUGCAUCACCAGCACUUCACCUUCCCCUCUUUGCUGCUGGGACACAAUUGCUAGAAAUGAAAUUCACACCGUGGCAAAGAGCCAGCACCAACCCUAGUUACCACUUAAGUUCUAUUGGAGCCCAUUGGAUUCACAUUUCCUGCUGGGUGUUUACUCAGGGGAUGAAUUUCACCCUUUGUGUCCAUACUGUAAUAAAGGCAAUGGCAUGUAUAUAAUAAAGCUUCUUAGGGGAUGUUAUAUUCAUAGUAGUAUCAGGGUUAAGAACCUGUUCUGUAUUUGAAAUUAUAGCUUAUACACACACACGUGUGUGUAGGCUAUAUAUAUAUGUAUAGAGCCUACUGUAGCUUCUACCCUCCCUUCUAUAGGGUAGCUUCUUUUCAUUGUAUCUUCUAUUGUGAGAGCUGAAGGAGCCAGCUAGGUCUGUUUUACAUUGGUGUUUGUAAAUGCAAGCAAGGGAAUGGCAACACUGGCUAGAAUUAGGGUGAGGCUAGGACCAGGCAAUGUCCUGAUUUCUUCAUCUAGUCUUCCACUCUAUCAGCUUUUCACUUAAGCCUGAUUUGCAUCACUAUACAGUGUCCCAGUCCUGGUCCUCUUUAGAACAGAAGCUAUCAGCUCUGGUGUUGUGCUGUGGACAGAUCUGUACUUGGAGCCAGGAAAUUCAUGGCAUGCAAUUUGUCAGUGAACUGUAGGGGGAAAGGAAUUGCUGAGCACCAUUGGUUCUGAGCAACACUCUGCCCAGGAACUUAGAUAAAAGGAGCACUCCACAGUGUAGACUCAUAAGGGACUAUUAGAUCAUCUAGACUGACAUCCUAUGUGACACAGGUCAGAGAAUUUCAUCCAGGUCCUUCUGCACUGAGCCCAGUAACUCAUAUUUAACUAAAACAUCUGAAGCUGAAGAUUUCAAGAGAUAGAAGAACCAUGAUUUGGAAGUUUCUUUCACUAGCAGGUCACCCUCAAGGACACAGUUCAGAGACUUCCCUAAGGACAAUGCAGAUUGGCUACUGAUGGCGAUUGUUAUUUCAUUUGAGUGGGCUCUUUCCCUUAUGUCCAUACUGAGGCAAGGCUCUACCCUGGGAUGAGGUGAUGCUAUACUGACAACUAUGCCAUUUCUGCAUUUUAUACAGAAAAACAUGAUCCAGGCCAUUUGUAAUGGCUGAGCCAGCCAUAGGUUCUCCAUGCUGCAGUCAGGGUUUGUAAAUCCAGUGUCCUAGACCAUAAUUCCAAGCAUGAUGGAAUUACGGAGGAAUAUUUGAGCUGCUUGAAAUAUGGUAUAUAGAAUUUUCCUAAAAUAUUCAACCUUUUAAAAUUAUUUUCAUUUUCACAGGUCUUAGAAAAGAUCAGCUGUCAGCAUAUAUAAUUUUCUUGAGAUACUAUGUGCAAUUUUUGGUUAUCACAUUUGGGAGAUUUUUUUUUAAAUGUAUUUUGCCAAACAAGGAAAGAGCAGCAAGGAAGGGAAAAAAAAAGGGAAAGCUAAAAAUUAAGACAGCUAAGAAGGUUUCCAGUUCUAGGAUUCACUGAAAAAGCCCUGAAAAUUUUACCAAGAGAAACUGCUUUAUAAAAAAAACAAACACUCCACUUUUUAAGUGAAAAAAGUUGACCAGACUAGUAAUUCCAGUCUGCAUGCCUCAACAUCCAAUAGAGCUGAUUCAAGAUGUUCUUUUCUUGUCCUCCUAAAAUCAGUUGCACAGCACUGCUGCUGGCUUCCAUGCCAGAGUGGUUUGUACUGGCAGAUGGUGGAACUCAGAUUCAUCAGACCUCAGAUGAUAGAAAGAUUUUAAAGCUGAAAUAUUCCAGGGUAGAUGACACUUUCUCAAUAGAAGUUAUUUUUUAAUCAUCCUUAUUUUUGUCAAGGUUCUGACAUCUCUUAUAGUUAUUCAUAGUUUGCAGGGGAACUGAGAUGAUCAUGUUGUAUAUAUGUACUGUAUAUAAACCCCAUUCUCUUCCUUCCCAUUCAUCCUGUGAUCUAACCUCCAACUGCUUUAAUCUGCAUAUACCCUGUCCUAGACUCUGGAAUCUGAAGUAGGGUUAAACUGAGCUCUCCAUUAAUGCCUAGUGGAUUACCUGGUGACUAUCUGUAGUUAGGGCAAGUCACCUUGUUCAGGACAUGGAGCAGAUAGGAAUUUCUAAUUGCAGGGAAUGAUGCAACUGGGACUAGAGAAGAGAGCAGGGGAAAGUUGAAGAAGAGGGAAGCACUGCAGAACCAGUGGCACAAGGGAAAUGUGCAGCUUUGUUCCUAUGGGAAAGGAAAGGAUGCAAGUGGCAUUUGACAAUUGUGGUGGCACUGGGGACAAGUGCAUGUGAUGCUGCAGGAAAGGCUGCUGGCCUUGAGGCCAGCAAAAAGCACCUCAAUAAACAAUCUGAAGCAGAAUGAACAAUAGAUACUCAACGGCACAGUUGCUCAGUGUGAGAACCCCAUUAGCGCGUGCAGGUACACACAGCUUGAUUUGCCUUCUUCCUGCCUAUAUGUUUCUUGACUCUUGCAGCAGUUCACAUCCUGAACCAUUUGCUGGCUGAUUUUCAGGCAUUUGUUUCCAAUCUGAUCCUGUGAUGCCAAGAUCACAGGGUUGUACUUAAGAACAAGUCACAUAAAAAAUUGGAGCUGGCAAGAGCCAGAAUCUUCCCUGGUGUGAAGAUCAUGGGAACAGCAGUCAGAAGGGAGGCUGCCUCUGACACAACAGCAUUGCAGAAUAUGGGAUGGAUGAAGGGGACAGUAAGUCACUUCAUAAAGAUGGUAACUAGGGCUAUUUCUCUUGAUCCAAGAGGGACUGAGACAUUAAAUGAGGACAAAGUGCUUAGUGCUUCAAAGGUAUGGGGUUGUGGAAAGGGUACGUGUGUUCUGGCUUGUGGAGCAUUUGCCAGUACAUAAGCUGAGGAAUGGCACCUUGGGCACAUCCCAGCUGAGAGUUGUGAUGAUGUCUGGAACAAAGAGGGGAGGCAAGAAAAAAAACACAGAUGAAGGAAGGGAGCUCAGUCUGUAAAUAGCUGUAAACUUGCCCCCUUCCUUUUAUGAAGCUGGCAGCAACAAUUUGGAAGAAACGUGCCUUAGCCUGACAGUACACAGGCAAAGUGUCCAGAGUCCAUCACUAACCCGUUAUGGAAAGGUACCUCAGACAAUACAACUUGAACUCCUCCCAACUUUAAAUAAAACAACCAAUUUCAGCUUGUGGUUCAGUUUCAUUUUAGGGCAACCCUUGCUGUGUCAUGCCCUAUGCGCUUGUAGGGCUAAGUAAAUUAAUGCAUGGCUCCCAUAAAUGUCAAUGGGAAUUGAGCAUCUAAAUCUCCUAGGCAGCUCUGAAAAUGUUAACAACAUUUGGGUGGGGUCAAAAUACAAAAUAGCCCAUACUUUCAAGAGCCGCUCCAUGCUUUUGGGGUACUGGAAAGAGCUGUCAACUGUUUGUUAUUCAGAACAGACAGAUUUCAGACGUAACAGAGGAACUGCAGAUAACUGUAUUUAACAGCCAGACACAGAGGGGAAACCAUUCCUAUUCCUUUUCAUCCUACAGGAGCACUUUUAAUCAUUUCCACAUUUGCAGUUGCACCCACAUCAACAUUUUCAUUUUAAAUGUUUCAAAACCAUCUCAGAACAACUUGUUAUAAAUAUUGCAACAAAUUGGCUACCAUGAGUUAAUUCCAGCUCUGCAUUCUGGUGCUCCAGCUGCAUGCUUGUUUAAUGAGGGCAUCAGUAUCCCCAAGUGCAGUUAUUCCCUUGCAUUCCACUGUAGCUCCCUCAGACUCCUGCUUCAAACACAACUAAUCUCAAAGUUCAGCCAAUAGUGCAUGGAAAAAAGUUACUGGACCCAGUAGGAUGCUCUAGCAUUUUAACCCGUCUUUAUCUCAGAUGGAUAUGGUUGUAAUUUCCCCAACUUUAAAUAGCACCUUUGGGCUUAAACUAAACCCAGAAAGAUUCAAGCUAAAAGGAAAAAUUUCAAGAAAGCUAUGAACAGGGAGUUAUAAUGGAAUCUGCUUUGCAGACUCAAGUCUUCAUUACUAGUGAAGUGCUAAUGCCAUGACAUAGCCACAUACUGUGAGAUCACAUUUCCAUUGACUCUCCAUCCGUUCUGGGAGGCACAUGGCAUCACUAAGAGAGCAAGUACCCUUUCUUCCGUUAGAAGGAAAUUCAGAAAAGACAAGGAGGGCCUUACAACCAAACAUAUGGCUCAAAAAGGGUCACUUCCAUGCAUCUCAAGAAAUCCUAGGAACUUAUCCAUCAGCUGCCAGGAGCCAACUGGGUUUCAGAUUAUUUAAACGACAAGGGUUUUGUUCUCUUGUCUGUUGUCUGUAGGACUUCUCAGCUGAGUAGUCAUGGGAUGAGCCUGUGUGUGAGUCAGUCCCUGUAUUUCACCCUCCAGGGAAACUGCCUUCCUGCUUGUUAAAAUACUUAUUUUUGUUAAGGUCUCCCUUUCAUUUGGGUUAGUGAACUUGGUGACCAGGAGAGACAAACAGUGCCAUCUUGAGGCAGAUGGGGACUGCAAAUUCCCUUACACAGCUCAGUUGAACACCGGCCAGGAACUAACCAGGCAGAGACUAUCAAACUCACCCCAGGUGUGCCCCAAACCCAAGAAGAAUCUCAGCAAUGUCAACAGGCAGCACUAUAGGCAGGAAAAAUGCCAAUAGCUUGCUAUGCCCUUCCAAGCCAACGGCUUGCCACAACCUUGCAUCACAUUGAAAUGGACAAGAUUAGCCUACUGCAGUGAAUAGGGAAAGAAAGGAAUCUUAUUAUGAAAACCAGGAAAACCACUGAUUUGUUGACCUAUCAUCUGUGAAAGCAAAGCACUGCCAACCCAUCACAGGGAUGAAGUGUGUCAAUUUGUAUUUGAAAGAAACAUUUUAUAACAGACCACAACAUUUUACGUCCCUCUUCUCUUCUGUAUGUUAAUAAAACAUAUUCAUGUUUGAAAGGAAA